AGAGAGAGCGAGAGCGUAGUACUGUGCAGUCUGCAUCUGUCCGUGGGAAGAGCGAGUCCACAUCCACUCCACAGGCUGUUCAUGGGGGAAUAUUAUAUCUGACUUCGCCACGAAGGAUACUUUGUUUUACGUUGUUUUUGUCAAACUGUGCGUAUAAUGGCACCAAACGCAGUCAACGUCCACUUCAUUCAUAAGCGGUGACAAGUCCUUUCGUGGCUCUUAUGUGCGGCAGCUGUAGCUGUAGGAGGGAAAACACGUUACAAGUGUAAGUGAACGUCUCAUGAAGGAAGUCAUGAGACGCGCUUCCUCUGUGGAGCCUUGAAACGUAGUAAGUUUGACUUUGUUCUGUUUUCUUCCGCCACCGUCCACAGCGAGGAUUUUCACCGAGGUUUUUUUCACUGACGCGUGACCUACAAAACAAAGAGGGAUGACAGUCAAACUGGACUUCGAGGAGUGUUUGAAAGACUCUCCGCGCUUCAGAGCCGAUAUCGAAGUGGUCCAAAAUGACGUCAGUGAACUUGAGACGCGAUUAGACAAGCUUGUGAAACAAUGCCAGGCCAUGCUGGAAGCAGGCAGAGUUUACUGCCAGACCAGCAAGAGCUUUGUCAACGGCCUCAGGGAGCUGGGACACCAGUGCUCCAGAGACACGAUGAUGGAGGAGUGUUUAGACACAUUUUCCCAGAAGCUGUCAGAUAUCUUGGAGAGACAGGGGGAGGUGAUCGAGACCACACAGAAGUCCGUUAAGACGAAGCUGCAGAGCUUUGUGAAAGAGGACGUCCGUCGGUUCAAAGAUGUGCGGAAGGAGUUUGAGCGCAGCAGCGAAACCCUGGAGGGGGCGCUGGUGAGGAACGCUCAGGCCCCGCGGGGAAAGCAACAUGAGGUGGAGGAGGCGAGUAACGCGCUGCUUAACGCGCGUAAGACCUUCAGGUCUGAGGCCCUGGACUACGUCCUGGAGAUCAACGUCAUCGAGGCCAAGAAGAAGACCGACAUCCUGAUGGCAAUGUUGUCACUGAUGGAGGCCCAGGCCCAGUUCUUCCAACAAGGCCACGAGUCCCUGUCAGAGCUGGACGACUAUCGGAGAAAGCUGAAUGAAGAGCACACUCAGUUUGUCCUAAACUCAGCCAGAGACAAGAGGGACAUGGAGCAAAGACACGCCGCAAUCAAGAAAAAGGAUGUCUCCUAUGAUGACUCCAUCAUGGAUUUCAAUGCUGAUGCAGCUAAUGGGAUUGCCAUGGAAGGAUACCUCUACAAGAGAGCCAGCAACGCCUUCAAGACCUGGAGCAGGCGCUGGUUUUCAAUUCAAAAAAAUCAGCUGGUGUAUCAGAAGAAAGUCAAGGACCAGCCCACAGUUGUGGUGGAGGACUUGCGUCUCUGCACGGUCAAGCCCAGCACAGAAAAUGAGCGGCGGUUCUGCUUUGAAGUGGUCUCCCCGUCAAAGUGUUGUUUGUUACAGGCGGACUCAGAAAGGCAGCAGAAAGCCUGGAUUACUGCCGUCCAAAACAGCAUCGCAUCAGCUUUUCAAGAGAGAAGAGAGGACCCAAACAGCCCAAGGCGGCGCUGCAGCUCAAUGUCGACGGGCAGUUUGGGCAGUGGGGGAGGAGGAGUCGGAGCGGAUCAGGAGAACCAGGGCUGCAAGGCGCUGGAGGAGGUUCAGGCCAUCUCAGGAAACCGGCAGUGCUGCGACUGCGGAGAGCCCGGUCCUGACUGGGCCUCCAUCAACCUUGGCAUCACGCUGUGUAUCACCUGCUCUGGAAUACACAGGAGCCUGGGAGUCCAUUUCUCCAAGGUGCGCUCCCUCAUUCUGGACUCCUGGGAACCGGAGCUCAUUAAGUUGAUGUGUGAACUGGGAAACACAGUAAUCAACAGGAUCUAUGAGGCCCGCAUUGAUGAGAUCACCAUCAAAAAGCCACACUCUUCCAGUCCCAGGGGAGACAAGGAGUCGUGGAUACGAUCAAAGUACGUUGAAAAGAAGUUCAUACACAAGCUGCCAGAGACCGGACAGAACCCCCCGCUUGGACAGUCCAGCGUCACGAGGAACCGGGCGACCACGCAGGACCGCAGUGCACAGCGGCCGCCGCUCAAACCCAAACCGAACCGAGCCACUCUGCCCCGGGCCACAGGAUUGAGCUCCACUGACCUUGUCCAAAAGAACAAUACAAGUCCUCACAAAAACACGGACGAGGAGGAGGAUCUGAGCAGGCUUCACUCCGGGGCGCUGCUGUACCGAUCUGCGGCCCUGCAGAACUUCCCCGUCAUGGCGGACGCGUUGGCUCACGGCGCCGAUGUUAAUUGGGUCAACGUGGCGGAAGAGUCCAGCACGCCAUUGAUACAGGCCGUCUCAGAGAACGCCCUGGCUGCCUGUGAGUUCCUGCUGCAGAACGGCGCCAACGUCAACCAGGCGGACAGCAACGGGAGAGGCCCGCUGCACCACGCCACCAUCCUGGGUCACACUGGUUUGGUGUGUCUGUUCUUGAAGCGAGGUGCAGACUACAAUGCCAGAGACAAGAACCAGAAAGACCCCAUAACCAUCGCUGUGGACAACGCCAACGCUGACAUCGUUACUCUGCUGCGGAUUGCCAAAAUGAACAAGGAGAUGCGGGAGAUGGACGGAGCAUUCGGCCAGCCAGGUGAUGAAACAUACCAGGACAUCUUCAGAGACUUUUCACACAUGGCCUCAAACAACCCCGAGAAGCUCAAACGCCGCAGUGCAGACCCUAAAUCUUAAGCAGCUGCUGGCUCUGCCGUCUCCUCGGCCCACAUCUCACAUUUCUCAGCUAGACAUUCUUACAAAACACAUCCAGAAUCCGUGCCAGCGUUCAGCUCGCUCUCUCUCUCUCUCUCUCUCGCACACACACACACAGACACACACAGACACACUUUCCCUGGCUACCUGCCACAUGUUCAGUCAUGGCUCAGCUGGUGUUGACUUCAGAGAGAUUUACGCUCCAGACACUGAACUCUUUGUCCAAACAUGUCACAGCAGAAAACAACUGUGUUCAAGUGGAAACACUGGAGCAGCUUUAUGAGAGCAGCAUGAGGUACUUUUUAUGUCCAGCAGAGGGAAACGCCAUCACUCUGCCAAGAUUUUCCUAAUUAAAUCCAGCAAAUCUAUUUUGUAAACCAACAAACCAAAAAAAAAAAAAAAAAGGUUUUUCUAUUCCUCUGCCAUUUCUGUUUACGUUCUACAUGAAACCAAAGUGAAACUCUGUCCUCCAUUAAAUAUUUUACAUUGGAAACAUGUUUAGACAUGGUUCAUGACUGUAUUUUGUUUAAGGUACUUAAUAUUUGUCUCAUGCUCAAAUAAACCAUACCUUUAAUUGUG